GCGGCAGCCAUGUUGGUCGUGGCCAGCACAGGGGCCGGCACCAGGGGGUUAUUGAAGCAGCUGUCAUGAUGCUGGGGUCCCUGGUGUUGAGGAGAACGGCGCCGGCGCCGAAGCUCCUCCUCCGGCUGCUCAGGUCCCCAUCGCUUCAUAGCCACGGAGGCGUCUCCGGCCGGAGCAUAACCACCAGGGAAUGCGGGGAGCCGCAGUGGCUGAGAGCGGCCGCCGGGGGGCGCCCCGGAACAUCUUCGGCAUUACUACCUGGUCGAGGGGCAGCCACCUGGGGGCGCCGGGGAGGAUGCACCGAGACCCAGUGCAUGGCUGCUGCCACAUGUGGACGCCUACCUACCCCCGAAGAAACACUCCCGGGGCAGGACUACUGGAAUGAUGUCCCUAACGGGGCCGGACUGGGCAUGUGGGCCCUGGCCACAGCGCUGGUGGUUCAUUGCUACAGCAAAAGUCCGUCCAACAAAGAUGCAGCCCUGAUGGAAGCUGCCCGUGCCAACAAUGUGCAGGAAGUCAGCAGGCUAUUGUCAGAAGGUGCAGAUGUCAACGCAAGGCACAAACUUGGCUGGACAGCACUCAUGGUGGCAGCCAUCAACCGAAACGACAGUGUGGUGCAGGUCCUGCUUGCUGCUGGAGCUGACCCAAACCUUGGGGAUGAUUUCAGCAGUGUUUACAAGACUGCCAAGGAACAGGCAAUCCAUUCUUUGGAAGAUGGGGGACAGGACGGUGCAAGCUGGCGCAUCACAAACCAGUGGACAAGUGCCCUGGAGUUCAGGAGGUGGCUAGGAGUCCCCACUGGCGUCCUGGUCACACGAGAAGAUGACUUCAACAACCGACUGAACAACCGUGCCAGCUUCAAGGGCUGCACAGCCCUGCACUAUGCUGUCCUUGCGGAUGACUACCGCACUGUCAAGGAACUGCUUGAUGGAGGAGCCAACCCCCUGCAAAGGAAUGAAAUGGGACACACACCCUUGGAUUAUGCCCGAGAAGGGGAGGUGAUGAAACUUCUGAGGACUUCUGAAACCAAGUACCAGGAGAAGCAGCGGAAGCGUGAAGCCGAGGAGCGGCGCCGCUUCCCCCUGGAGCAGCGUCUGAAGGAGCACAUCAUUGGCCAGGAGAGUGCCAUCGCCACUGUGGGUGCUGCGAUCCGGAGGAAGGAGAAUGGCUGGUACGACGAAGAACACCCUCUGGUCUUCCUCUUCUUGGGAUCAUCUGGAAUAGGAAAAACAGAGCUAGCCAAGCAGACAGCCAAAUAUAUGCACAAAGAUGCAAAAAAGGGCUUCAUCAGGCUGGACAUGUCUGAGUUCCAGGAGCGACAUGAGGUGGCCAAGUUUAUUGGGUCCCCACCAGGCUAUAUUGGCCAUGAGGAGGGUGGCCAGCUGACCAAGAAGUUAAAGCAAUGCCCCAAUGCUGUGGUGCUCUUCGAUGAGGUGGACAAGGCCCAUCCAGAUGUGCUCACCAUCAUGCUGCAGCUGUUUGAUGAGGGCCGACUGACAGAUGGGAAGGGAAAGACCAUUGACUGCAAGGAUGCCAUCUUCAUCAUGACCUCCAAUGUGGCCAGUGAUGAGAUUGCACAGCACGCACUGCAGCUGAGGCAGGAAGCUUUGGAGAUGAGCCGGAACCGCAUCGCUGAAAACCUUGGGGACGUCCAGAUCAGUGACAAGAUCACCAUCUCAAAGAACUUUAAGGAGAACGUGAUUCGCCCCAUCCUGAAAGCUCACUUCCGGAGGGAUGAGUUUCUGGGACGGAUCAAUGAGAUCGUCUACUUCCUCCCCUUCUGCCACUCGGAGCUUAUCCAGCUAGUCAACAAGGAACUGAACUUCUGGGCCAAGAGAGCCAAACAAAGGCACAACAUCACACUGCUGUGGGACCGUGAGGUGGCAGACGUGUUGGUUGACGGCUACAACGUGCACUAUGGUGCCCGCUCCAUCAAGCAUGAGGUAGAGCGCCGGGUUGUGAACCAGCUGGCGGCAGCCUAUGAGCAGGACCUGCUGCCCGGGGGCUGUACUCUGCGCAUCACUGUGGAGGACUCAGACAAGCAGCUCCUCAAGAGCCCUGAACUGCCCUCACCCCAGACAGAGAAGCGUCCACCCAAGCUGCGACUGGAGAUCAUCGAUAAGGACAGCAAGACCCACAAACUGGACAUCCGGGCACCACUCCAUCCUGAGAAGGUGUGCUAUACCAUCUAGCAUCCACCUACCUGUAUGUGCCCUGAACAUCCAAUAAAGGCCCCUUGCUGUGGCAUGGCAACUGACCAAGCUUCCCCUAAUGCCUCUCCCUUUCUCUGCCAAGUCUAAGGGCUGUUUACCUCCUCACAGACCUGGGAAGACCCCUCUUUUGCCCCAACCCUGAAGUAGGAAUCCUGCCUAUCCUCCCCUCUUGGAGCCCAAAAUCUGCUAAAAAGUCUCUAGGAGAGAAGAUACUUCUCUACGUGCUUCAAGGCAAGGAACAGGAGAGGUCCUUCUUUGUCCUUCAGCAUGAUCCCCACUCCCUAUAGUCACUGGAACUUUAUCAUGUUCCCAGAAGCUCAGAAGUAUGGCAGCAAAGAACAGAUCUGGUUGGAAGAAGACAGGGACCAGAGUCCCUUGAUCCAGAGUUUUCUGAUUUUUGACUGUUUCACUCUUAGGGAGCCAUUGUGCACUGUGGUCUGCCAUCCUCUGCUGGCACUUGUCUUGCUGGCAGCUCAGUCCCCAGAAUGUCUCCAUUAGGAGUGAGGAAAAGUGCAGCGGCCCAGGCACAGACAGUUACAAUUUAAUCUAUAGCUACUGUUUCCCAUGCUCUGAAAUUCUAAGGUAAAGAGACCCAUAAAACUUCCCCCUUUCCACUGCCAUAUCACACCCACUGUUCCUCCCCACCCCAUGUCCCAGGAUCAAGCCACACUCUUUCUUUAGCCCUGGGACUAGGCCGGACUAAGGCACCUCUAGGGGACCUGACUAGUUCCUUACCCUGCUCUUCUCUGGGACUGAAUAGGAGUUUCAGAUAACCAUAUAAGUUCCUGGAGCUCUCCCCCAGGAAACCAACAACCUAGACAUUGGGAAGCUGCAGGGGGAGAGACUUAUACAACCAUUCUUAAGUAUCAAAAUCAGGAAAUUAACAUUGCUACCUACUACUAACUGAUCUGCAGACAUUUGAAAUUUGCCAGUUUUCCAUGCAGGUGCCCACAGAUUCAGCCUCAGUUAUAGCUGUUGUCCAGCUAAGUGAACCUGGAGUAAACCUGCAGUUAAUUUAGUCUACUGUCAAGUCACUAAGCAGAAGUCUGGACAUCAUAGCCCUCAUGGAGGGCAUUCUGUAAACCUGCCGUGUUUCAGCCAGUUUGGCAGAAUGCAACAAGGCCUGGUGCUUCCUUGGGCACCACCUGCAGUAGCCACCACUGGUAACCACUCCAUUCACCCUCCCCUGCUGCCUGGGGGCUAUACUCUGCACAUUACUAUGGAGGACUCAGACAAGCAACUCCUCAAGAGCCCUGAACUGCCCUCUUAUAGUGUUAGCCUGUCUCUUUCAGGAAGCAGAAAAUGGAAGCAAGAAUCAGAGUGCCUUGGGUGAUGGGAAAAUGAUGUAACAUGGUCUGAGGCUGUCAGGCCAGGGCCCAGCACAUGCUCCAUCAGUCACCAGCUAACCCCUUGGAGCCACAUCUGCUGCUCCCUGCCUCAGUGAAUGCUACUCUUUUGUUGUUUACUUUUUAUUUUGAAAUAAUAUCAGACUUAGAGAAAGUUGCAAAAAUAGUAGAGUUCUCAUACCUUUCACCUAGCUUCUUCUAAUAUAAACAUCUCAUAGAACCACACCAUAGUUAUCAAAACCAGGAAAUUAGCAUUGUUACAGUGCUACUAACUGAUAGGCAAACAUUUGAAUUUUGCCAAUUUUUUCUCAAUGUCCUUUUUCUGGUCCAGGAUCCAAUUCAGGACAUCCCACAUUGCAUUUUGCUGUCAUGUUUCCUUCAUUUUCACCAACCUGUGGCAGUUCCUCCAUCCUUCUUUGUCUUUGAGCUUGAAACUUUUGAAGAAGCCAGGCCAGUUCUUUUACAGAGUGCCCUUUGAUUUGGGAUUGCCUAAUGGUUUCACUUGAUUUCAUUAAGGAUCUAUAUUUUUGGCAAGAUUGCCACAGAAACAAGGUUGUGCCCACCUAGUAGCAGGUGGUAUUAAUCAUAAGGCUAAGGUGGUAUGUAAAUUUUCAGGCUGGAGGUGUAGCUCAAUGGUAGAACUGCUUGCCCAGCAUGCAUGAGGCCUUGGGUUUAAUUCCGCACCAAAAAAAAAAAUAUAUAUAUAUAUAUAUGUAUGUGUGUGUGUGUGU